UGCUGCCCUCCACCAGCAGUGCAUGAUGGUCCGAGUACCGGUACUCUCUACCUCUGUGUAGCUGCUUGUUUCCUCCCGGUUCCUCUAAUGUUUCUGUAAUGGUGAAGAGGAGAACGACCGACUGCUGUGCUUCACACGACAGCUAGCCUCUUGGGAGGCAAGUCCCAAUGCCAUGGCCUCCAGUCACGGCUCCUCCCCCAUGCCUCGCUCCACCAGCGGGAGCCGAGAUGGGAUCCACCACAAGGAGCAGGGUCUUUCCUCCCCUCGUAUCCGGUCCAUCCGCUCCUUGCCUGAUGUCUGUCCCAAGGAGCCCACUGGUAGGGAAAACUGUAGUCUUCUCUCAGUUGAGGGGCGGAGCUUGUUAAACGGUCCAUCCGUGGUGUCAGAGCAUGACCGAUGGACGGUGUACAGCUCGAAGGUCAACCUCCCUGCUGCUCUGAAUGACCCGCGGCUCGCCAAACGGGAGUCGGACUUUUUUACCAAAACAUGGGGGCUGGACUUCACAGAGACAGAGGUGAUGCCCUCCUACCUCCCCAACAUCACCCGGGAACAUUUUGGGCCCUACCUGCAGGAGAUGACUCAGAGGGAGCGAAUCCAUGAGCGCUGCAAGGCGAUCUGUCCCAACAAAGACGAUGUAGAUGCCAUCUCCAGUAUCAACAGCAAUCAUGACAAAUCCAGAGCUGAGCUGGAACAGGUCCCCAAGAUUUUUAUGAGGCCUGAUUUUGCUCUGGAGGAUCCAGCGACCUUCAAUGUGGUCCUGCCCUGGUCACACUUUCAUAGUGCUGGAGGGAAGAGCAGCAGAGACGUGGCCUCCUCCAAGCUGCUGCAGGAACAGCUGAGUCACUACCUGGAUGUUGUGGAGGUCAGCAUCGCCCGGCAGAUCUCACUGCGUUCUGAGGCUUUCUUCCAUGCCAUGUCCUCACAGCACGAGCUGCAGGACAGGCUGCAGGAGACGCAGCGAGCGGUGGCCGUCUUGCGGGGCCGCACUGCGGCCAUGGAUCGGGUCAUGUGCCAGGGGCCUCUCCAGGCCCUCCGCACUGCUCUGACUCGCAACAAUUGCGUGAAACUGCACAACAAGCUGAAGCUGAUGGCAGCGGUGCAUCAGACGCAGCCCACUGUGCAGCUGCUGCUCUCCACCUCAGAAUUUGUUGGAGCUUUGGAGCUUAUUGCCACCACCAAGGAGGUCCUACAGCAGGAGCUGCAGGGAAUCCACAGCUUCAGACAUCUGGGCUCUCAGUUGUGUGAGCUGGAGAAGCUGAUCGAUAAGAUGAUGGUGGAGGACUUCAGUAUGUAUGCUCGCAGUGACCUGAGCCGCAUUUUGAAGGACGAACCGCAGGUCCUGGAGAAGGUUCACAAACCAAACGCUGCCUCACAAAAGGAGCGUCUGGAGUCACUGGUGUUUGGUCUUCUGCGGCAGAGGAAGCUGGACUUUCUAGAUAUUUACAGUGAUGAGAUGAUCAUAGCUGCUAAGACCAUUGUCACACAGUGUGUGGCAGAGAGUGUUGUGCAGAUUGAAGAAAUUGACACAGAAGUUGUCAUUAAGCUAGCUGACCAGAUGCGACUGAUGACGUUCCCUCAGUGGUUUGAGCUGCUGAAAAAUGUGUUUGAGAGUUUCAUUCUCUUCCUGCAGAGAAUCAAGGCCACUUUAACCGUGAUCAGAAAUGUGGUUCUCGAGGUUCUGGACUCAAAUCAGAGGAACCGGCUCCUGACGGAGGCCGGCUCAGAGACAUCAAGCCAGGAGGCCUCCCAGGGCUCGUCACUCUUGCAUGGGGAGGCUGAGCUAGCUUACCUCACCCAUGAAGGUCUGUUCAUCAGUGAUGCACUGACUGAUGCCCAGCAGCAGCAGAAGGCAUCGCUGGUGUCUCAGGAUCAAAGCUCAGCAACAAGCUCCAAGACCCAGCAGGGUCCAGGGGAACCUGCAACCAGCGACCUGGCCUUGGGGAUCACAGAGAUUCCUGCCUGCAGAGAGCAGAGCUUUGUGUCUGGUGAGAACAUGAUGCCCACUGAGCUGGAACUGAACUGUGUGAGCAGCAACAUCCAGGAGCUGCUGUACACGGCUUCUGAUGUCAGCCAUGACCGAUGUGUCAAAGUCCUCACUGCCAGAGCCAAGGACGGCUCUCUGGAGCGUCUGAGCUCGGCAGAGUUUGUGUGUCUCUCUCAGGCGGUGGAGGGUUUUGUCCGGGACACCGAGGAGCUCUGCGGCAGGCGAAGCGUCUCCUUGAGGGGGGCCCUGCAGAGUCAGGCCAACCGCUUCGUCCACCGCUUCCACGACGAGCGAAAGACCAAACUCGGCCUCCUCCUGGAUAACGAGCGCUGGAAACAGGCGGAGGUUCCAGCGGAGUUUCAGGAUCUGGUUAACUCCAUCGCUGAUGGCAGAAUAACACUACCAGAGCGCAAAACCUCAGGUCCAGAUGACAGAAAACCCUCAGAGUUUCUUCUGGUCAACGGGCAGAAAUACGCUGUUGUUGGGACGGUUCUGCUGCUGAUCCGGAUCUUUCUGGAAUACUGUCAGUGUGUGAACGACAUCCCAUCAAUCGCCACCGACAUGCUGACGCGUCUGUCGGACCUCCUGAAGCACUUCAACUCCCGCAGCUGCCAGUUGGUUCUGGGAGCCGGAGCGCUGCAGGUUGUCGGGCUCAAGACCAUCACCACCAAAAACCUGGCUUUAGCUUCCCGCUGCCUGCAGCUGGUGGUUCACUACAUUCCCAUCAUCAGAGCUCAUUUUGAGACCAAACUGCAGCCCAGACAGUUCAGCGUCCUCAGACACUUUGACCACAUCACUAAGGACUACAACGAUCACAUAGCCGAGAUCUCUGCUAAGCUGGUGGCCAUCAUGGACAGUUUGUUUGAGAAGCUUUUAUCAAAGUAUGAAGUGAAGGCUCCGAUGCCGUCCACCUGUUUCAGAAACGUUUGCAAGCAGAUGGCCAAGAUGCACGAAGCUAUUUAUGACCUUUUACCUGAAGAACAGACCCAGAUGUUGUUUCUGAGGAUCAACGCCAGUUUUAAAAUGCACCUGAAGAGGCAGCUGGCUCGACUAGGCGUCGUAAAUGAUGGAGGACCCCAGCACGGGCUGGUUGUGGUGGAUGUGGCCUUCUACACGGAGAACAUCCAGGUGCUGAAGAGCCUCGAGAGGCUCGAUCUGAACAUGGCUGAGAUCUGGGAGCAGAAAAGGUGAUGGACGACAAAAAUCUGGACAUCCAGAAUGACUGACAAGCUGGCCCCAGUGAUGGGGGCCGACCUCGGGGGGCUGACAGCGGGCUGGCUGAGAGCGGGGGAGGACCGCAGGGACCAAAAACCACCACAAAACUGGGAGAAGAGCAGCAGCAGCGUGCUGGACUUCAGCAGUUUCAAAGACUUAAUCUAGAAACACAAAAAUCCUCCUUUGACCUGCUGCCACCUCAUCUCGCUGUGUGCAAUCCAACAGAAAUACUAGUAAAUUAUUGAAGAGUUUUAGCCGGAGCAGGUUGUUGAUAAUGAUGACUAAACAGUGGAGUAAUUUAUUUUUCUCUCUUCUUCUGUUUGUGGUGGACUUUUCUGCCAGCAGGCUGUGGUGUUGAUGGCAUUUUCGUACCUUUUUCUAUCUUCUCUGGACUUUCCAGAAACAUCCGGACUGUGAACGCAUCACUUAGCUUCAUCCUCUUUCUACCAAAGUAAAACUGUUUGUAAUUUAGGAAUUCUGCUGUCCAACCAAUCAUGUAUGGCGUCUUCAGCUGGCUGAUAUUCAGGCUCAGCUGUGACGGUAACAAGUGAGGGAGGAAGGGAUUUUUUUUUUCUUUUAAGCUAAUUUUGUUGAACGUGGGGAGUUUGAGGCAUGCAGAGCAGCUCGUUCGCUGCUCUCCUCUUUCUGCUGUAGCUGCAAGAGCUUUUCUUCACUUAGAUUUGGAAACGGAGCAGAAAAGUCUGCAGGUUUAGGUUUUUAAAUCUGGAGAUUGGUUAAAUGUUCCAUAUGUGAGCAAACGUCAGCAUCGAGUCAAACUUCCACAUUUUUCAUAAUGCAAGUAGCAGAUCAGUUGAUUAACUUUGAAAUCACCACAAUGUUCAGUGCGGUACGUGUUGUAGAGGAGCCCUCUCUACCCUGGAGAAGACACAUGUUUCUCAGACAAGUAAGAAACUGUCAGACGUGGAAGCUAAUAGAGCUUCACGGCUCUGGUUACAAACACUAGCAUGCUCUCUACCGGUUAUUAGGCAUGUUAACAUGCAUCGUCUCUCUGCUACGCAUGCUGGUUAUCAAACCGUUCUAAUACUACAGACAUCAGGCCAGUCUUGGGGAACCAGGUGCUUACAGCUCUCAGUUAUUCUCCCUUCCAGCUUCAGAUUUCUACUCUGAGUUCCUUUAGAUGAGAGAAAACAUCUGUCCAGAUGCAGCCACCACAGGUUGGGAGGUUAUUGAAUGAAGCAUCUGGCUCCCUCAGCCUCAGCAUCGCUCUGUGUACCACCGGUUUAACAGGAAACUUGUUUCUGUCCUCUUCCCUCAUUCUGAGAUGAAGCUUUGAGGCAUUUGAUAAGUUAAUGCAGUCAGUCGUUGGACUCCCACACGGACCUGUGAAGCUGGAGAAAGACGGCAGUUACCUGGACGUGAUGCGACAGCGGCCGUCCGUCUCCCGUUCGAGAACAGAAAGCAUUAACUCUUUCAUCACUGUCCUCUUCAGAAGUGCCUACUUUUGAUCUGUUGUCAGAGAUGACGCAUCCGAGCUCUCCACUACAGUGUGCCUACCAUACCACUGUGUGUGUGUGUGUGUGUGUGUGUGUGUGUGUGUGUGUGAAUGAAUGAGUUGGGCAGCAUGUGCGAGAGUCUGAGAGAUGUUGAAUCCUUCAAACCUGCUGUGAAUAAAACAGGAUAACAGAG